GCUUGUGGCGUUCCCAAUUCUUUCAAACCGGACUCGGUUCCCUCCUUCAUCACAGACGGCGGCGACGGUACACGCCGGCGGCCUUCAAAGGCGCGACACCAUGGUCUCUUCACCUCACUCUCAACCGUUUCUUCUCCGAUGCCUCUCGCUCUCAGACUUUAUUCAUCUUUCACGACGUGUCUCACCUCCGGUUCGAACUCAAGUUACGGCGGCGAUGUCCUUCGUCUUCUCCGGUCAAAUCUUUCUUCGAUCCUCUCAUCCUCUCGCCGAUUUCAUUUAUGUAUUUUUGACGCUGUUGUUGCGCGGUGAAGAAGACCGUUGAUGUGGUGCGAAGGUUUGUGACGGGGUUGAAGCGUUGAACGAUUGAAGUGCUGAAUCGAUUCGGAGACGACGCUUUUUCGUGAGGAUUUGAAGAAGGUCGAUGAAGAAUUGUACAGGGAGAGAUGGAGAUUUGUGGUGAUUUUUGAGGAUUCUCUCUGAAUCGAAGAGUGAAGAUUCGAGGAUGAAGAGAGAGGAUUGGAGAUUGAAUCCAGAAGUUUGUUACGUUUCUGUUAGAGGUGAGUUUCUUUUCCAAUUUCCUAUUUUGUUUUCUGUUCUGAGAAUUCUUCUUCUCUUCUGAUUUUCUGUUUUCUUUUCUGUUGAUGAUGAUGAUGAGAUUGAGGAGUGGUGAUGAUUGAUGAUGGAAAGAGGCUCUGCGAAGGGUGGAGAAUGAAGAUGGUGGUGGAUUGAAGGUGGUGAAGAAAGAGAUGAUGAAGAAUGGUGGUGAAUGGGAAGUCUGUUAUGGCGAAUCGUUAAAGAUGAAAGUGGUGUUCAGUUUAUAUAGUUGAAGUGAAGGUGAAUGUCAGUUAGAGGGAGAAGGAUGAGGGCCGUUGGAUUGAAAUUCAGUUGGAGGAUUGAAUGGUUUUAUUCUGGUAUGCGCGAUGACUUAAGGCUGUACGAGUCGCAUUGGUGCAAGCUCGUCGCAUUUCCUUUUGCGUUUGUAGCUGGACUAGGCUCAUGUAUGGACCGGUUUGUGGACUGGUUAGCAGGUAGUUCUCCACUUGAAAGCCAAACGGAACCCAAGGAAGCUGAAGAUUUGUGCCUGUUCAAUGGAGCUUCUGAACUUGUAAACCAUAUGCUUAGAAAUAAUCAUGUAGUGUCUCAUUUCUUGUUCUAUGUUCCAAAAAUGUAGAAACAGUAGAGUGGUGAUAGUAGUGAGAAUAUUCUUAUGCCAUUCUUUUUGUAAUUUGGUUCUGUGUAAUGGAUCUUCUUGUAAUGACUUUUCUUGUAUUACCUUAUUCUUG